CAGGCCAAGUUAAACGUAAAGUGUGUCAGCGCCAUGUUUAUUUACAAGGCCACACGUUUUGACUCCCUCCUCCAGAUGGCGCUUGAAAGGGAACCCGAUUGCGUAGUAACACAGAGCUGGCCGGUAGACGAUGUCGAAAUCUGCACGCCUUACAAAAUAUCCUCCAAAGAAAGUUCACUGCAAGCUGUUCAAGUGUGCACUUCAAUGACACAAGAUUUAAAUUCCCCCGCUGACCCUGGUUCUGAAAUGAGUGCAGAGAGUGAUAAGGGAUCACUCACGUCUUUCCUGCUCAACUUUGACCCCAACUCUUACAUGGCGCCUAAAGAGACUGAAAAACAGGUUGUCUUUUAUCACGCCAACUGCUCUGCUGAUGAAUGGUCGGCUCCAGACGGGCGCUGCCUACCUCUGCAGUGCUCACCUGGAAAACUGCUCAUCAAUUCAAGCUGCAGUUCUGCUUUAAAGAUUAAUGCACUCGAGUAUAAGCUACGCCUUUGGUUAACCUUUGUUGAGCCGCCUUCGACAAUAUGGAAAUUGCAGUAUUAUCCUUGUCAUUACUUGAUGAAAGCUGUCAGUAAAAAGUUUCAGCUAUGGUUUGCAAACUAUCAAGUUAGCUUCAAAAUUACUACUGAAUUUUUUGCAAUUUCUCAUGGUUACCAAGAAGGUUUAAAAAUCGAUUCCCUCCCUUGCUUAAUUCGGGUGGAUGCUAGGCUAAAAGGACCAGCUAAUGUCUCCAGAGAUGAAUUUGAAUCUCUAGUUUUAGACAGUUGGAUGAAUGGGCAGGUAACAUUAGAGGAAGGGAGACAAUUAAAUCUGACAUUUCAGCCAUCAGAUGCGACGUCGAGAAAAGAUGCGUUUGCGUCUUGUUACGAGAUGAGAAAAAAUCAUUCUGACGUCUAUUGUGAUAGCGACACCGCGUGCUCAUGGCCUGACAAAAGUGUUGUUACCAAGGAGAUGCUAAUACCACUAAACAAUAUACUUACAUGUGGUCACGUGACAUUCAACACUUCUGAAUACGAACUAAAUGUAUUGGACGACGCUUCGCCUCCUGACUUCACAGUGACACUAGAUCUUAAUGUCACAAAAGUGACACUUUCAGAGGCUAAAGAUCUAAACCAACUUCUCAUCGAGGAGAGCGGAGAACUGAAAGUGUGCUGGGAGAUUUUGGAGAAAAAAUUAAAGGAAAUUCAAGACGCUGACAAAUCUUUAAAGAAGGAAUCUAAUGUUGCACUAUACGCAGUGAGCCUAGCUUGUUCUGUGGUGUCACUUGUCUGUCUUGUAUUAACCAUUAUGACUUACCUCAUACACCCCAUUUUGAGAACCUUUGCAGGCAAGAACAACAUGAUGCUGUCACUGAGUCUUCUGUUGGCGCAGACAUCACUUCUAGCAGCUGCCCACAUUAAACAUUUAGACAACGUGUGCAUAUUUCUGGGCAUUUCAACUCACUUCCUGUGGCUGUGGAUGUUCUCAUGGACUUUCAUCUGUAGCCUGGACAUGUUCCUGGUGUUCACUGCCAAGACUCGAAGUUCUUGCUGUCAAGAUGAUUACAAGUCCUUCAUCAAGCGAUGUCUCGUCUCCGUGUCUUUUCCAGCAACUGUGGUUUCUGUCGUAGUAGCGGUCACUUACAAUCAGACCAGUGGUCAAGAUAUUGGUUAUGGAUCAGUAAGAUGCUGCUUGGAUUCCAUUCUCUUAACUGGUGUCGCAUUAGCCGGUCCUCUUCUCGUCAUUGUCUUUAGUAAUACAAUCUUCUUCGUCACUACCGUUGUCAAGAUACACAAAGUUCGACAACUCAAGACAUCUGACUUGAAGAAGGAGGAACAGAGUAAUCUCAUUGUCUACGUCAAGUUGUCGGCCAUGACAGGCGUCUUUUGGCUUCUGGCUACAAUCGCACAAGUGUCACAAAACAACUACUUUGAAUUUAUCGUGGAGCCAAUCAACGGCCUCCAAGGUGUUUACAUCUUCAUGUCCUACGUCUGCAACAGACGUGUGCUCAGGUUGUACCUUCGUAAGGAAGAGGUCAAGGCCACCAAAACCAAUUCGAUGACUCUUACUUGAAAAGAAAUUGAGAAAGAGAAAUUAUAAUUAAUAGUUUACUUCAUAAUGCACGUCAUGGACCUAUUCUUUUAAAACAUAUUAUUUACUAAAACAUGUUAAUGCAUUAUUUAAUUCGUCCUGUUAUUUUAAUUAUUUAGGUCUACUAAAUAGAGCACAGUAGAGAGAUAUACCUAAGAAACCUUAGCGGGGCCCUUAUCCGUAGAAGACAGCUAUGCCUCACCUAAAAUAUUUGAGCAUUAAUUUUAUGUUCAAAGAUUGGCUGGGUCAUUUCUUUUUCUUUAAAUAUUGUUCUGGUUAUUCAAGGAACUAUGCUAAUUAUAUAUAUAUAUUGUUCUAAACCUAUUCGCGACGCAAAAGGGUUAACUGUGUGUGACAUGCCGACAUAUGUGACACAGGCCAAUAAUACAGUUUAGCGUCCUAUAUCGAAGGGCAAGGAACAGUACUGGCAUAAACUUUGCACGUGAAUAGGACCCGGGUUAUGGUCAUCUGAUCAUAAGCCUGCAUGGACCAGAGACACAGAGUGUGUAAGGCAGUGCAGUUCAAGACAGGACAGCGAGUAGACCGGGACUGUUAGUCUGCCAUGAAGUCGGUCCUGGUGGAGUCCUGAAGUGAAUGUACGAGUCCAGGGAGAGAUAGAGACAGUAGAGUUAAUUAGUUUAGAACAGUAUAGCAUUUUUAGUGUUGAUGUAUUGCCAAUUGUGUCAUAUUGGCUGUUUUAAUUGACCAUUAUUAAAGCACCAGAUUAUUUGGAGCUCUUGUUGUCAGGUUCUUGAUGUGCUAGAUGUGCUGUGUUGUGUUUAGCAGUGGUUACAGAAGGCCUGAUGAGGAGAGAUCGUAACAAUAUAUAUAUAUAUAUAUUAGUUACUGAAUAUUACUUUGUUUCUACCAAAUAUUUUAAACAAUUAUAAAAAAGAAAAAAGAUACUAUAAUUAAGAAGAGUGUAGAUCCUGUAUUUUAAUGAUCUCGCAGUCCCAACUGCUCCGUGUGGAU